AUGAAGUUUACUAUCGUUGGUGUUCUGGCGAUGGCCGCUCUGGUCGCCGGCCUCACGGCCACCACCUCUGAGCCUGCUCUGGCGCAGAUCGAAGCGGCAGCGGCGACGACCAAGCCAGAGAUCACCACCUCUGGUGUCAAGGGCUUGUCUUUCGACCGUUUCUACCAGGUCUGGCUGGAGAACAUUGACUUCGAAGACUCCGCCGCGGAUACCAACAUGCAGUGGCUCGCAUCUCAGGGCAUUCUUCUCACCAACUUCUAUGCUGUCACUCACCCUUCGGAGCCCAACUACUGUGCCGCCGCCGGUGGUGACACCUUCGGAAUGGACAAUGACGACUUCAAGCAGAUGCCUGAGAACAUCUCUUCUAUUGCUGACUUGCUUGACACCAAGAGCAUCUCGUGGGCUGAGUAUCAGGAGCACAUUCCUCACGCCGGCUUCCAGGGGUUCAACUUCUCGAACCAGCACAGCUACAAGCCUGACUAUGUUCGCAAGCACAACCCCAUGGUUCUGUAUGACUCGGUUGUUGCCAAUGAUUCUCGCGCACGCUCUAUCAAGAGCUUUGAGGAUUUUGAGAAUGAUCUCUCGGCCAAGCAGCUUCCUCAGUGGGCUUUCAUUACCCCGAACAUGACUAACGACGCCCAUGAUACCAACAUCACCUUUGCUGCCAAGUGGGAGCGUCCCUGGAUGGCCAACUUAUUCCAGAACGACUAUUUCAUGAAGGAUACUCUGGUUCUUCUCACAUUCGACGAAGACUCGACCUACAAGAAGGACAACCGCAUCUUCAGUAUUCUCGUUGGAGGCGCCGUUCCUGAGCAUCUCCAGGGUACCAGAGAUGACACCUUCUAUACCCACUAUUCCAGCAUCGCUACUGUUUCUGCCAAUUGGGGUCUUCCUUCCCUGGGUCGCUGGGACUGUGGUGCCAACAUCUUCCAGAUCGUCGCUAACAAGACUGGUUACAUCAAUUACGAAGUCGACAAGACCUUCUUGACCUUGAACCAGACCUACCCAGGACCCAUGUCCAUCGGCGACAAAGAAACCGGAAACACCUCCAAGUUCAUACCAGAUUGGCCUAUUCCAAUUACCGAUAGCAACGAGAAGUGUUCAGCUGGAAACGGUAUCUUGGAUGUUGUCAAGAGCACCUAUGGAAAGUUGCAUCCCACCUACAACUACACCACUCCCUUCCCUUGGGAUUCGCGCUACAAUUACAACGACAAGGUUACUUUCAAGCGUCCUUCCAACAGCUCGACCGCUUCGACCAACAAAACCACUGGCGUUGAUACUCACCACCGCAGUGCUGGAGCGAGCGUCGUUGCUUUCAUUCCCAACGUUGUGAUUGGAGUUCUAUCUACCGUUGCUGUCUUCUUGUUCUAA